GAAUUUCGCAGGGGCCUGUGGGUACGGGAGGGAGGGCAGAGCAGGAAACGGUGCUCUUGCUUGGGGAGGGAAACUUCCGGUUCCGGCUGGGCCUGUGUGAGUUGCAGCCUGGCAGUGCCCCCCCUACCCCCACCCGUGAGGGAGCAGAAACGCCCCCCCCGCGUAUCCUGGGGGUAAGGGAAGGGCCAGGGGGCAUCAUCCCCCCACUCUAAAUCUUGCUAUCCAAGGACCAGCCCCUGCCUGGGGCGCGGAGGAGGCUGGGGCAGCGCCACACACCGUUUUCCAUGGCUGCCUUUGAAUCAUUUGUUCAAUGCAUUACUUAUAUUAAACUUCUGCUUCAUAACCGAGCAAGAGCGUUCCAGAUGGUUUUGGACUGCCAUUCUCAUCAUUCUUGGCAGUGCCCCCUCCUGGGUGGAGAUGGAAGCCAAUGCAGCAAGCGAUGAGGGUGUGCAUUUCCAGAGCUACCCUUUUGACUUCUUGGAGUUCCUGAACCACCAGCGCUUUGAACCUAUGGAGGCCUACAACCACGAACACGCCAAAGCCGUUGCUGCCCUGCCCUGCCCACAGCCACAGUAUGAAUACGCCCAGCCACCGACAGCUGGUCCACCUGCUCAUUUUGACCGUGUCCCUGCCACCAUUGGCACAUCUAAACCCAAAGCUGAGGGCCCAUCCUCUUCUUCCUCAGCCACCUCAUCUGGUACCAUUCAAGUCAAGAAAGCUGAACCAGGGGGCCCUGUACCACCUCCACAGCAGCAGCAGCAGCAGCAGCAACCACCAUACAGUACUCCAGCCGUGGUACCAACAACAGGUCAGCCUCUCUUUGACAGUACAGCAGCAGCAGCAGCAGCUGCUGCAGCUUACAACACUCCACAGUGGGGCAUAGUAGACCUUUCUGGCCACCAGCAUAUCUUCAGCAGCCUGAAACGUGGGCAGGCCCCCCCAUCAGCUGCAGCCACAGUAACUCCUGACAGUCAAGCAGGCAAAGACGAUAAGAACUAUUUCCGUCGACUGAAAUAUUUCAUUGAUCGGCGCUUCCCAUGUGGUGUGUGCCAGAAGUCAUUCAAGCAGUCAUCCCAUCUUGUGCAACACAUGUUGGUGCACACAGGCGAGCGGCCGUACGAAUGCACCACCUGCGGCCGUACUUAUAACCAUAUCUCCAGCCUCAUCCGGCAUCGCCGUUGUCACAAAGACACUGAGGAUGCUACUGCUGCUGCCAAUGCUGCGGCUGCUAAUGCAGCUGCUGCCAACGCUGCGGCCGUCAAUGUAGCAGCUGCCAAUGUGGUGGCUGCUGCUGCUGCUGCUGCCGCCGCCGCCGCCAGCAUAACAUCACCUGGUGCUGAAGGAGCAGCCCAGCCUCCUACCCAAAGUGGCAACCCUCAGUCAGUAUCUGCACCACCUGGAGGAAUAGCCACAUCUGCCCUCAGUGCUGCCAUAGCUCAAGCCGAAGGUCCUUUUACCUGCUCUCUAUGCUGGAAAGUGUUUAAAAAGCCAAGUCACCUUCACCAGCAUCAGAUUAUCCAUACUGGUGAGAAGCCAUUCUCCUGCUCCGUCUGCCAGAAGAGUUUUAAUCGCCGUGAGAGCUUAAAACGACACGUGCGGACACACUCAGACUUGCUGCGAGUGCAGUGCGGGGUUUGUGGCAAAGAAUUCCGGGAUGCCUCCUACCUCCUCAAGCACCAGGCCACUCACGCUCCUCCUGGAACUUUACCUCCACGACCCGAGUACAAAUGUGACAUUUGCGGCAAGGGCUAUGUGGCUCCCCAGAAUCUACUACGUCAUCGGCAGCUCCAACACGAGGGUGCCCAGCUAUCCAAGGAUGGCACUAAUACCUUGUCUUAUCUGCCACCAGGGGCCUACCUUCUUCCACAAGACCCACAAGGCACAGGCUCUGAGGGAGACACCAAGCCAACAUCCUAUGGCCUCUUGGGUGCCCACCCCUUGCUGGUGGGGACAGCAGCAGGCAAGAAUUUCUGCUGUGGGAUCUGUGGUCGUGGCUUUGGGCGACGGGAGACACUAAAGCGUCAUGAGCGGAUCCAUACAGGUGAGAAGCCUCACCAGUGUGCUGUAUGUGGGAAACGUUUCCGUGAAUCUUUUCACCUCAGCAAACACCAUGUAGUGCAUACUCGGGAGAGGCCGUACAAAUGUGAAAUAUGUGGGAAAGUGUUUGGUUACCCCCAAAGCUUAACUCGGCACAAACAGAUUCACCGCUUACAGCUACCUUGUUCUUUACCACCUAUGGGUCCCUCCCUGACCCCCAUGGGCCCUUCUCUCCCUCCACCUCCUGAGGGACUAACCUAUGGCUGUUCUGACUGUGGAGAGCGCUUUCCUGAUCUUUUUCAUGUCAUGAGCCACAAGGAAGUCCAUGUGGCCGAGAAGCCCUACCCUUGCGAUGUCUGUGGCAAAUGUUUUGGUUUCAUUGAGAAUCUCAUGUGGCACAAACUUGUCCAUCAAGCUGCUCCUGAGAGACUUGUACCACCAGAUGAAACAGCAGCUGCUGUCGCCCCACUAGAGAACGGGCUAGCUAGUGGCGAGAACAUGUCAUCUUAUGAAGAUCAUCCAACCUUGCCAAGUGGAGAACGUUUCUCCUGCUCUAUCUGUGGCCAGACCUUCAAGCAUUUCCUGGGACUUGUGACUCACAAGUAUGUGCAUCUGGUGCGUCGCACAUUGGCCUGCUCGGUCUGUGGACAGAGUUUUGCUGGAGCUUAUGACUUGUUGUUGCAUCGUCGCACACACUUGCAAAAGCGGCACUUCUCUUGCCCAGUCUGUGGCAAGCGCUUCUGGGAGGCUGCCCUUCUCAUGCGUCACCAGCGCUGCCACACCGAGGAGCGCCCGUACCGCUGUGCUGUCUGUGGCCGUGGUUUUCUGCGCUCAUGGUACCUGCGCCAACACAAAGUGGUUCACACGGGUGAGCGUGCUUACAAGUGUGCCCUCUGCAACAAGCGCUUUGCCCAGUCAUCCAGUCUGGCAGAACACCAGCGUCUUCAUGUAGUUGCCCGGCCUCAGCGCUGCCCUACUUGUGGCAAGACCUUCCGCUACCGUAGCAACCUUUUGGAACACCAGCGGGUCCACCUGGGAGAGAAAGUCUACCGCUGUGACCGCUGCUCCAAGAGCUUCUUCUACCUGUCAUCCAUUCUGCGUCACCAACGCUCCCAUGAUGCUAAGCGUGAAUUAAGAUGCGGGGCCUGCCUCAAGCUCUUCAAAGACCCCAAAUAUUUUAGCAAACACCUCCAGGCCCAUCAGGGAGGGCGGCCCUUCAAAUGCAGCACCUGCGGAGAAGCCUUCUCCAAUACUUACGGCCUCAAAAAGCACCGCCACAUUCAUAAGAUGGAGCGCUUUGCUGCCAUGGGGGCCCAUAAGGAACAGCCCUAAUGUUGGAAUAGUAGCAGCAGGAAAAAAAAAUGGGUGGUCCGUAUCUUGGUACUGUAGGAUGGGAUGUGAAACUAGUUCCAGGUUUCUGGGAACCACAAUGGCAAGGCAUUUUCAUGAAUAGAAAAUAAGAUGUGCUUGUUAGCAGUGAGAUGCUCCAAUUGGGCACUAAUUUGGAUGAGUCAUCAAAUCAUAAAGUCAUGAGCAGGACAAGCCAGAUAGAGGCAAGAAUGAAUUGUAAAGCUAGGAUAUGUAAUUAACAAGAGGUAGCCGCCAGUUACUUGCUAGAUUUCAGCUCUCUAACAGAAUAUCUUGACCACUCUGGAUUUUUAAACUAAUUGCCUGGGGAAAGGGAGAUGGAGAUAGCAAUCAUAGAAGUGACCUUUGCCUGUCAAGCAUGGCCACAGUGUUUUGGGGGAUGAAAGUUUCUUCCCAUUUCUGAGCAAAUGGGAGCAAAUAAGGUUAUGGUGGAAUGACAUUUUUUUUCCUUUUCAUUUGAAGCCUACGUUCUGGAAUGGAAACGGUAUGGCAUUCCAGUUCACAAGAAGAGAUGGUGCUUCCUGUAAUCCCCUUUUACUUAGAGAGAAAUGUUAGACCUAAUUCAUUCAUUUGGGAAUGAGACAGGAAGGACUACGAUGCAGCACUUGAGGAAUGUCCACCAAUCUUUUGUGUAAACUCAACUAUGUAAUCUGUAUUAGGUAAGCCUUGCUUGCAUUCUUGAGAGAAAGACUUUAAUUAGUGUCCUUUCUUCAUAUGUAUAAAGAAAAUAGGCUAGUUCUCAAUUUUUUAAGACCUGGGAAGGUAGUGAGACAUGGCUGUGGACAGUAGAAAGUUAACAGAAUCUGCUUGAAUUGUCUAGUGUGUGGCACCUGUUGUCUAAAUACUGUUGUGCCAUAACAUUUCUAUUAUAUUCCUGCCUCCAGAACAGUACCAGUUCAUGAUGCAACUGGAGGUUCAUAAAAACUUUACCUACAAAAGAAAAGUUUCCCAGAAGGUUUCUAGCCAAGCUUCCCUGGCAUGCUACUUUCCACAUUUAAGGAGCACUGAAUGUUAAAAAGCAUUUGGAAUUGUUAUUGUUCCCAUUAUACACCCCUGAAGAAGCAAAACCCCAGGAUAAUUGUAUUAUGUGCUUUUCUAAAUGUUCAAGUUGGCCCAUCAGGAGUAAAGAGGAAACACAAAAGUAGGCUAGGCUCCUUCCCCCUUGGGUUAGCUCUCUUCCUUUGUGCUCAACGCUCUUCCUAAUCUGUUGGACUUAAUAUAGAUGAACUCGUGUGUGAAUAAUACCUUACUUUGAGCCCUAAAAUGGAAUGUGGGUUUUGAAUGAGAGCUGUGACUACAUUGUUAGCCUUCCCUAAUGUUAGCCUUCCUUCUUCCCACCAAUGAAAGUUGGAUAUGAAAUUGUGUGUGAGAGAAAAAUAAACUUAAUUGGUGGGUCUACCAGGAUUGCACAGUGCUUUGGCUGCUCAGCUGCUCUCCUGCAUUCCCUGGUUUGAUUCAUAAGCCUUUCCUAGUAAGAUAUGGUGUAUCCACAUAGUUCAUUGAGCUAACUGCCCUCGCCUUGUAACUCCAUGGUUAUUAGACUCAUAUAAUGCUUCAGGUUUGACUCCAAAAAAGGUUCUUCAAAGCACAAACACAGCAUCAGGGAUUGUGUGACUGCUGGGGAUGUCUAAAAGUCACCAAUUGGUGGUAUGUUCAUUGCCCCAAGCACUCCGAAGCACCUUAUCAAAUCUGAAGAAAUGCAAAGCCUCCUUUUAUACAUAUUUGGCACCAGUCUGAAUGGAUCCUCACUGCACCUGAAGGGGAGAAUGCUGACCAGAGAUGAGUAAAGUUCUCUGACUUCCCCCAGUUACCUUUCCUCCUCAAUCCUCCAGCAAAUUGCAGACAUUGGAGCACCCCUUUAAAUAGACUGGAGAGGAAACUAAUUUGCUAGAUGCAACCAAAGAGUUCUAAAAACAGGCUCCCUUGUGUACAGUGGACACUACACAGGUAAUUCCCGCUUCCUUCCCCUCUUAUAACCCAAGCUGAGAGUACAAUAGAAAGUAAUUUCAGCAUUUCCACUCUAGCAAAGUGAGAGCAUCUCUUCUACCAGAUGGCUGCACCAAAGCUCCUUAGUGUUGCUUUUGGUCUACCACCCACUUGCUCACACCCAUAGUCCCCAGAUUGCUGAGUGGCAAUCCAUGAUUAUGAGGAUCCAAAGAUGUACUGUUUAAAUUUGGUUGUCCAGUGCCUAGAAAAAGAAAAGUUGCCAAAGGCUUUUUGAGCAGUAGAGAAUAGAAUUGGAGUUUAUUGAGUGCAGGUAUUUCUUAAGGCAGCCUCCCCCAAUCCCUCAGAAGUCUUACAAUAGUUUUCCACUCUCUAUGCUCAGCGAGAAUAUUGGGGAGGGUGGGUAGUGUCAGUAUUUGUGAAAGGCCCUAUUACAAAUGCUUUCUUGAAGGAGUUGCCACAGAAUUUGGUGGCCAAAUAUAGUAUGAUGAAGAGUGCAAAGAUGGGAAAAGAGACGGGAAGAAGACUAAAAUGUUUUUCAGCCUUCCAGAUUAUUGGAAUCUGAGCACAGGGGGCCAAAUAAUGUCGUUUCAUUUUGAGUCAGCCCAAUUAGAUUAGCAUCUGUCUGAAACAUUCAGACAGUUCCUCUUCUAUCUCCAGGAGUGAUUGCAACUGGAUGUUCCUUUUCUUGUUUUAUCUUCUUACUAAAUUGUUAAAGGUCUGAAUUUGUCACUGAAAUUCAGCGAAUUGGGGUGGCUAUACCUCAGCCUGUCUUACAGAAAUUGUUUUCCCCAUUUAGAAUUUUUCUUCCCUGCCUUCAUAAUUUGCAAAUAGAACUGAGUUUAAUACAGGUAGUCCUCGACUCACGAACACAAUUGAGCCCAACAUUUCUGUUGCUAAGUGAGACAUUUGCUAAGUGAGUUUUGCCCCAUUUUAUGACCUUUUUUGAAACAGAUGUUAAAUGAAUCACUGCAGGUGUUAGUAACGGUUGUUAAGUGAAUCUGGCUUCCCCAUUGCAGGAAGUCACGAAAGGUGAUCCCAUGAUCCUGGGGCACUGCAACUGUCAUAAAUAUGAGGUCACUUUGAUCACGUGACCAUGGGGAUGUUGCAAUGGUUGUAAGUGUGAAAAAUGGUCAUAAGUCCCUUUUUUCAGUGCUGUUGUAACUUCAAACGAUCAGUAAAUGAACUGUUUUGUAAGUCAAGGACUAUUUGUAUUAGUUUUCCUUCUCAUAUGUACUGUCCGUGCUUUCCUGGACUAAGUAUUUCUAAAUUGUAUACAAUUUAGAAGCCUCCUUGACAACUCCCCAAACUGGGAACUUGUUCUUACAGGAAAUGGUGUUAUUGGUUAAUAUCACCGAUUCCUUCAUAUUCUUGAGGGGGUGAGUUCACCAUGACUAAUCAAUAGGUGAUGUUCCUGUUAACUGGCUUCAUAAUAGCUUCCCAAAUGGACAAUGGAAUAUAAAAUGGAGAAACAAGUUGAUCGAAAAACAUACUGUGUUCCCAAAAUCAUUAAAUUUAUGUCUUUUUCUCAAGGACACAGGAUUUCUAAAGAAUUUCUUUAAAAUGGCAGGGCUAGAAUACAGGACACAAAUUUUAUGAUUGUGUAUGCCUAUGGAAUGCUUGCUUCAGUCACAGAAUUGGUGCAAACGUAUUUGGCUAGGUCUUGCUUCUUAAUUCAGAAUGGUGGCCCAUUUCCUAGUCAGAAGACAGGACAGCCAUCCAAGUAUGUUUAUUUUUAUGAUCUCACUUAAAAGAAAUUAGUGGAUCUUAACUAAUUCUUAUAAUACGUGUACUUACAAUCUGAAAACGGCAAAAGUGGAAAUAUAUUUACUCUUCCAAUGUAUAGUUGACAAAGAGAAGAAACUGAGAGUGCAAAAUAGCUGCCUUUUCUAUUUUUCUAGCAAAUUAAAUACUUAAAAGAUGGAUGGGCAGAGUUAUUAGGGACAUAUCUGAACACUAUUACUGUCAGGAUUAUUUGCAUCCAUUCCUCAUCCUAGGAACCAUUUGAUUUGUCCAAAUCUUUCCUCUGUUGGAUUUGUUAGCAGGUGCAAUUCAUGCACUUCAAAACGUAUUAGUGACAAAAUACGUAGAAUCUCCAGUUUAUCUAGAACAGUAGUGCUCAAUUUGUGGUCCGUAGAUCCCUGUGUGGCCACGAUGUCAUCAUAGUGGGUCUGCGAUGGCUUAUGAAUUUAAAUCUUAAGUCUUGGAGGUCUGUGGCCAUGGUUAGUGGCCACAAAAGGUAUUUAAAGGAGGUCCGUGGUGAAGAAAAGGUUGAGAACUGCUGAUCUAGAAGGUAUGAGGACUAGUCAAGUUCGGAAUAAGGGGCUAGAAGGCAAUAUUCCAUGGACAGAGUUGUGUGGGAAGAAUUUUUAAGGGAAUGGUGGGUUGUUGAGAUGAAGUAGUCUGGCUUUUAAUUGUGGUUGGGAAAUUGAGUUCUUUUGAAGAACCAGUUGGUUUGGAGUAUAUAAUCAAGAAUAAUCAACCAUCUUUUCCACUGUACUUUUCUCCCUUGCGUAUGUUCUUGGAUGGAUUGUUAAUCCUGAAUGUACAUCACUAGGAUGCUGGAUAUCCCACAGAUGCCCACCGUCCACUUGGCUUUGUUUGCUUCAUCCUGGAAUUAUGAAGCAGAGGGCAGGGAAGAUAUUCCAUCUUUUGCUGGUAUCAGACCUGAUUUUGCUUUUUGAGAUGCCACCUGCUACACAGCUAUCUUCUCAGAACUUCUUCAACCCUCCUGUUCUUUGAGGAACAUGGAUUCUAUAGUUCUCUGACUGGUACUAUUGUCCUGUACUCUCCUUUCUCAUCUCAUAGAGGGAGAUGGACUUGAACAAUCCCAAACUAGUGACAAUUGCAAACUCAGAAUGAAGAGUAUGCCACUGAUAGGACCCAACCCAUUGCAAUCAUGUUAGCUAAUGACUUUUUAUAUUAAUACAGAUAUAUAAAUACAUACAUUUCUAUAUAAAUACUUCUUUUUAAUAACCUCCCCUCCUUUUCCCAUUGGCCAGAGUGCAGGAAGUGCAGUUCUUUUAAUAAUGCCAAGGUUUAUGCCCCUAUGAUAAUGUGUACUAAGAUAUGUAUAGGACCCCAUUCUUGUCCACACGGCUGAUGGAUCUAAAAUGAUAACCUCUCCCUUCUUCCCUCAUUGUACCCCUUGGGAACUGUACAGCGUGUGUUUCUCAGUCAGGGGUGGGGGAAUGGGAAUGUGUUUUGUGUUUUAAGCCAAGCAAUCAUUUUAAAAGUGUCUGAUUUACAAUGUACAGACUAAACAAACAUUAAAAAAAAAGAAUUUGGA